AUGGGGUCCCUUCCCGACGUCGACAUCGAGCCAGCCCCGAACCUCUCCUACUUCACGCCAGCGCAGAACCCGCCGGCUGGUACGGCAGCAAAUCCACAAACCAGUGGGAAGCCUGUACCAAAGCUCUUCCAGCCGUUGACUAUCCGCGGUGUGACCUUCCAGAAUCGCUUGGGUGUCGCCCCUAUGUGCCAGUACUCCGCCCAAAAUGGCCACAUGACAGACUACCACCUCAUGCACUAUGGCGCUCUGUCUCAGCGGGGCCCAGGCAUGAUCAUCAUCGAGGCCACGGCCGUGACCCCCGAGGGCCGCAUUACCCCCCAAGACGUUGGCCUUUGGGAUGACUCGCAUAUUGCCCCGUUGAAGAGGGUAAUCGACUUCGUGCACAGCCAGGGCCAGAAAAUUGGCGUGCAAAUUGCUCAUGCGGGCCGCAAAGCGAGCACAGUUGCGCCGUGGAAGAUGAACGAAGCGAUUAUCGCCACCGAGAAGGUCGGCGGGUGGCCGGAUAGAGUCGUUGGACCGAGUGAAGUGCCUUUCUCUGCGGCUUUCCCCAGCCCAAAAGCCAUGAGCAGGGAGGAUAUUGAGCAGUUCAAGCGAGACUGGGUUGCCGCUGUGAAGAGGGCCGUCGCUGCGGGUGUGGAUUUUGUCGAAAUCCACAACGCUCAUGGGUACCUCCUGUCCUCCUUCCUUUCUCCCCAAGCAAACACCCGCACCGACGAGUACGGAGGUCCCUCGCUCGAGAACCGGAUGCGCCUUCCUCUGGAAAUCGCCCAGCUUACUCGCGACGCGGUCGGCCCUCAUAUCCCCGUCUUCCUGCGCGUCAGCGCAACCGACUGGGUUGAGGAGACCCUGCCCGAAGAGAGCUGGAAGCUGAGCGACACCGUAGUUUUUGCUCAGAAGCUCGCAGAGCAGGGCGCCAUUGAUCUAAUCGACAUCUCCUCUGGCGGCGUGCACUCCCAACAGAAAGUUAAAAGCGGGCCUGCGUUCCAGGCGCCGUUCGCGGUGGCGGUUAAGAAGGCUGUGGGGGAUAAACUAGUUGUUGCGACCGUCGGUGCGAUCACAGAUGGUCGGCAGGCGAAUCGGUUGCUGGAAGAGGAGGGGCUGGAUGUGGUGCUUGUUGGAAGGGGUUUCCAGAAGGAUCCUGGGCUGGCGUGGACAUUUGCGCAGCAUUUGGGGACGGAGAUUGCAAUGGCUUCACAGAUUAGGUGGGGCUUUGGGGGGAGAGGCGGGUCGCCCUAUAUUGAUCCCUCGGUGUACAAGCAGAGCAUUUUUGAGUAG